AUGGCUGAAAUUGUUGUUGAAAUUUUUGCUCGAGUUGUACUCGAAGCUGUCGCUGUAGUUAUCACAGGAGCAAUACGUGAAGGUAUAAAAGAACACCGUUCAAAAAAAUCAAUUGUAUCUUCUCAAAAACAAAAUCGAUCACCAACUAAACAUAAUCGUGCUGUACUUAUUGCAGCAAGUAACAUUACAUUUGGUAAUGAUUGUGAACGUCUUGUAAAUAUAGCUUUUAAAACAAGUCAAACUUUUCCUAAUAUCAUGGGUAAAUAUGGAGAUGUACAUCGAUAUUUAUGUGAAGAACUUGCUAAACAUUAUCCUAAUGAAAAUUUUCAUAUUAUUAUUGGUCAAAAUGAAAAAUUUGGUUUCUCUAUUGAUGAUGGACAAUAUUCUGCUGAAAUUAAACAAGAUCGAUAUAAUGUUUUGAUUUUUACAACAAAACAAAAUUCAAAUACAAAAUUUGAUACUCAUGAUGCUAAUAGUCAGAUGUUAUUUAAAUGGAACUGA